CUUCAGUUUGCUGACGAAACCAUUAGGCCAUCAAGUGACGUAGAUAAUGAUAUCCAAUCCAUGGUAACCGAUGGUGUCGCUGGACUUGGGUUGGAGGUUAGCGAUGAGGAGAGUGAAGAUGAGAAGAUGAAAGACCAGAUCCCCAGCACAGACUCAACAAUCCUCCUUGAUCAAGAUGUAAAGAUUACUGAUGAACUGGAAUCUUCAGGCGAUGAGAUUUUGGCUGCAAUUACUACUAUACCAUAUGUCAUUGGUUCUCCUGCUCUUCCCACCUCUCUUCCCGAAGAUGAUAUUUUGGGGCCUACAGAUCAGAUCAUUUUAUUGCCUGCUGUAACUACCAGUGGUCCUUCUGUUGUCAUUGACCAAUCUUUCGAAGCAACAAGCUCUGGGUGGGCAGUGACUGACGGUGACAUCCCUACAGGAUUUGACAUGGGGGUGCAAGAUAUUGCUACUGAACUAGAUACGGUUGACAUCAUGAGGCCAGCAACAAUUAGUGAGGAUGGAAGUGGCUACUAUGCACUGCCUGAAACUCUGGAUAUGACUCCAGCUCCUCCACUGAAGUACGUAACCACCAGCUCAAUGACAACUGCAGCCAAAGGCAAAGAGCUAGUAGUCUUCUUCAGCUUGAGAGUAACCAACAUGCGGUUUUCCGAUGACCUCUUCAAUCGGAGUUCCUCAGAAUACAAAGCACUCGAACAGCAGUUCAUGCAGCUGGAAGCCACUCUUUGUGCUGAAUCCACUUGCUCCAUCUGCCUGGAGUAUUCCAAGGAUCCAGUGAUCAUCCCAGAGUUCACUAGGUGGUUUUGUUUCAUUGUAAAUACUGGUACAUUGAAUACAGAAAGAAGAAACCAACUGAUUAAAAACCAACAAGGGCUGCAAUCUGAAAACGAAAAUGUCACUCUGGAUCCAGACACAGCCCAUCCCAGGCUCAUCCUGUCCGAGGAUCGGAAAAGCGUGAGAUGGGGAGACAAAAAGCAAGCCCUGCCUGACAAUCCCGAGAGAUUCAGUGACUGGCAUUGUGUGCUGGGACGUGAGGGAUUCACAGCAGGCAGACAUUUCUGGGAAGUCACUGUGGGAAGUGAGGGAGAAUGGGCUGUAGGGGUUGCCAGGAAGUCUCUGAGGAGAAAGGAUGACUUUCUCAUGAGAAUAAUUAAUACCUUCUGUGAGUUAAGUUAUGAGGAAGGGAUCUGGGCUGUGGGGAAAUUGAGAGGUAAGUACACGGCCUGCACCUCCCCUGAUUCCUCUCCUUUGUCCCUAAGUGAGGAGCCCAGGAGGAUCCGGGUGACUCUGGACUGUGAAGCAGGGGAGAUAUCUUUUACUGGUGCUGACUCAGGAGCUGAACUCUACACAUUCUCAGGAGCCUCGUUCUCUGGAGAGACUUUCCUCCCUUUCUUUUAUCUGAGGGGAGAUAAAAUCCACCUCAGAAUCUCCUAAGGAGGCUAAAUCUGCCUCACAGGAACAGUUGGGAGUUUCUCUCCAAAUGAAAAUGACAGAUAUAAAACCAAACACCUCAAGAGCUCUUUUGACAGCUUUGCAAAGGCCUUUUGAGAUGACUCACUCUAGUCACAAUCAGCAGAAGCAAGAAAACAGACAAAAAAUGGGGCUAGUUUUUUAAAUUUUGU